UCGUGAUCUUAUCCCAAAACUACACUCCCCAACGCACUGACGAUUCAGAACCUCAUCUCCCUUCUUCGUUACUAAACCAAACGUUAAAAAGAAACUUCAUACAGAUAUAUACUAGCUAGAAAUGGGUGUCGGUAACGUGUAUAUUGUUGUGGUGUCGGUGAUAGUAGCGAGUUUAAGUUGGGCCGUCGAUGCCUGCCCGCCGUCGGAGCGGGCGGCGCUUCUCGCUUUCAAAGCGGCCCUUCACGAGCCCUAUUUGGGCAUCUUCAACUCUUGGACCGGCACAGACUGUUGUAAGAACUGGUAUGGCAUCAGCUGCGACCAGGAAACCCACCGGGUCGCCGACAUAAACCUACGGGGUGAGUCCGAGGAUCCGAUUUUCGAGAAAGCGCACCGGACCGGAUACAUGACCGGAUACAUCUCACCCGCCAUCUGCAAACUUCCUCGUCUAUCGAGCGUCACCAUCGCCGACUGGAAAGGAAUCACCGGCGAGAUCCCUAAGUGCAUAACGUCGCUGCCGUUCCUCCGAAUCCUCGAUCUCAUCGGGAACCGGAUCUCCGGCGAGUUACCUGCAGACAUCGGGCGGCUCCACCGCCUCACCGUCCUCAACGUCGCCGACAAUCUGAUCUCCGGCAGAAUCCCGACGUCGCUGACGAACCUCUCCAGCUUGAUGCACCUCGACCUCCGUAACAACCGGAUCUCCGGCAGCCUCCCGCGGGACUUCCACCGCCUCGUGAUGCUCAGCCGCGCUCUGCUCAGCCGGAACCAGAUCAGCGGGACCAUUCCGGCCGCGAUUUCGAGAAUCUACCGCCUGGCGGAUCUGGAUCUGUCCCUGAACAGACUCUCGGGAUCAAUCCCGGAAUCGCUGGGGAAAAUGGCGGUUUUGGCGACUUUGAACCUGGACGGUAAUUUCAUAUCGGGGAAUAUUCCGGCGACUUUGGUUAACUCCGCGAUAGGGAAUUUGAACUUGAGCAGAAACGCGCUCACAGGAAGAAUCCCAGACGUUUUCGAUACGAGGUCGUACUUUACAGUACUGGACUUGUCGUACAACAGAUUGUCGGGUCCGAUCCCGAAAUCUAUAUCCUCCGCUUCGUACAUCGGACACUUGGAUUUGAGCCACAACCAUCUCUGCGGCCGAAUCCCCUCCGGUUCGCCGUUUGAUCAUCUCGAAGCGUCGUCGUUUGCUUACAACGCUUGUCUAUGUGGAAAGCCUCUAAAAGCAUGCUAAUUAAUAUAGUUUUUAAUUUUUUUUGGUUUCUGAAUCUAAUUAAAUCAUGUGGUGAAUAUGCUUUUGUAUUUUUAGUAAGUGUAAGAAAGAAUAUUAUAUGGGUUUUUUAAAACUUAAUUACGCUCGUUGAAUAAGUUGUUAAUAGAGGGUUUUUUGUUUUUGUAUUGGUGUGCAUGAAAUUGAUGAAUAUCGGGUGCGAUAGAGGCAGUUUGAGAGCUUUCUGUGGGAUUCAGUAAAAGUGACGUUGAUGAAGAGGGAAUGAAACAGAUUGUUAACAACUCAUAGUGAGGGUUACGUUGCUACAUGCAAGUGUUUUUGUAA